AUGAAUUUUCCCCUCAACUCUCUUAUAUUAUCCAUCCUUAUUUAUCUGCAUAUAUUGCAUUAGCUUUACGGUUGUCUUCUUUCUGAGGACCUCGUCCCACUUCUUUAUACCGAGUCGGACUUACUUGGUUCAGAUGACGCUGGGCCCGAUUCAAACUCUCUCACUGUUACUUGUAAUUCAUAUCCAGCUGAGCUUGGUUCUUCCUGUUCAAUAAGUGUGACUCGAGUGAAAGCCGAAGAAGAGGGUAACAAAAAUAGUAAAGAGAAACCUGAAACAGAACGUAAAGGUGCUACUGAAGAUGAAACUCAGCUGGAGGAUGGGGAGGUAACACAGAAUAGACAAAGACAACGCAAGCGUUGUAGGUCGAGCUGUCUCUCCGAGUCUGUUGUAGAUUCUGCAAAUUAUACCAAAACUGAUCCUACCGAAGAAAGGGAUGAAGACAGAGAUCUUGAAUCCGAACUUGACCAGAACGUUUGGACUGGACAGCCAGCCCGUCGACGUAGAACAGAAGAAUAUUCAAGGCGAUCUGAUUCACUCGUUCAAGCCACGAAAAAUGGGGACAGCGAACUAAACGAGACCGAUGGCCUCCGAGUUCCGGAUGUUGCCAUUAAAUUGUCGAGCUUUAAUCGAUUAGAGGGGGCUUGCAGAAGAGUGCGACUAUCCCAUGAGGAAGAGAUGAAGAUUAACGAAAAAGAAGACAACUUGGAUAACGUCGGAGAAAGUGAAAAUGAUGGAGAAAAUCUAAAGCACCAAGUAGAAGAAGGAGCAGGAAUAACUACUUUGAAUGUUAGUAGCCUGCUCGAUCAAGAGCAGUUUAAGAGAAGGAAACUGGCCAAGCGCUCCAAACUUGACCUAAUGGUGACUCCUCGUCUGCCCCCAAUUUCCCCCUCCGGCCACGACGGACCUGCAAUAGGCGCUUCUGAUUGGGUAGGUUUUGGUUUGCACACCUUAAUCCUGUCAUCAAAAUCUGUGGGCCGUUCUUGCGAUUAUGUUUAA